AUCAGAUCGAAAUAUAUAUAUAUACACAUAUAUAGAUGGCGAUUGCUGCAAGCUCUGACUCGAAAGCUUCUGUAUCCACUGUGAAUAAAAUGAUAACCGAUGACAACGAGACCGAAAUCGCCGUUGAGACGAAGUCCGAAAAACCGGCUAAGAAGAAGCGGAACAACAAUCCAGGCGUCCGUGUUAUUCGCGGUCAGAUUUAUGAUUCCCAGAAUGGAAUUACUUGCCAUCAAUGCCGGCAGAAGACCUAUACGGCAUAUGUUGCCUGCAAGAAUCUGGAAAAGACUAAGCCAUGCCCCAUAAAGUAUUGCAGAAAAUGCCUGUUAAACAGGUAUGGGGAAAAAGCUGAAGAUGUGGAGUUAUUGGAUCAAUGGGAUUGUCCCAAGUGUAAAGGUGUAUGCAACUGCAGCAUGUGCAUGAAGAAACGUGGUCAACAGCCCACUGGUCAGCUUGCCAAAAUGGCAAAGGCAGGUGGUUUUUCUUCUGUGUUGGACUUGAUUGAUGCAAAAGGUGUUCAAAAUGUUAGUAAUUACAAGAGAGCAAAAGGAACAACCGCUUCACCAAGAAAGCUAGAUGCUGCAGGAGAGGAAAUCAUGAUUACUUCACCAAAGAAACUGGGCAAGGAAAAUCUGUUUGAUGGAAAGACCGAUUCAAAUGCUGAUUCCCAGCUUUCAGUACCACCUCAUGCUGAGAACAAACCAAGGAAAAAGAAGCGAAAAGGAGCAGAAGUUAUGCAAAAUGGCACUGGGGUUAGCGAUCAUGCUCUUAAUGAGAAGAAUCAAAAGAAAGUUAAAUCAAAAUCUUCAAAGGAGUUUGUUGGAGAAACUACCAAACGUAAACCAGAAAAUGAGGCAGAAGGAAAUACUAUUGUUCAUGAUCAAAAAGCAGCCCAGCUUUUGGAGAAACCACAGAAAAUAAAGCAAAAACGGGUUAAAGUCAUGCAAGACACCAUUGGGGUUGGUGACCAUGCCUCUAAUGAGAAGAAGCAAAAGAAAACUAACUCAAAAGAAUCAAAGGAGAUUUGUGGAGAAAUUGUGAGUAGUGGCACAAGUCUGAAGGAUAAUAGGGCUCAACAACCACAAAAUGAGCCUGGAGAAAAAACUACUACUUGUGAUCACACUGCAACCCAGCAUUUGAAUGGCAAUCAACAUUCAAAAGUAAAACAAAAUGCUAUUAGUUCGUUUGAGGCUGUUAUUCCUUUACCAACCGGAAGUGAGUUGGUAACUAUAGCGGGGGUAGACCUCCCAAAAGAGGAUGCUGGUAAUGCAUUGCAAUUGUUAGAAUUCUGUUCUACAUUUGGAAAGAUUCUAGAUGUCAAAAAGGGGCAGGCGGAAGCAGUUCUGAGAGAUUUAAUAAACGGUCGAAGUACACGUCGUGGGAAAUUUACUUCAGUAAUCCAGUUUCAUAUUCAGUUGCUGUCUGUUAUACAAGAGGAAUCUGAAUCUGAAUCUGAAUCAGAAUCAUCAUCAUCAGAUCUGACUCUUGGAAAUGAUUCAUGGUGGAAAGCUCUAAAAAGUUGCAUUUCUAAAUCUCAAUUGAAACAUAUGGACUGUAUAGAAACAGAAGCUGGGGAAUAUGAUAGUUUAGAUGCAUCAAUGAAACUUAGACUCUUAAUCUGCCUUUGCGAUGAAGUUCUUGGGACCGAAAAAUUAAGAACUUGGAUGGAUGAUCAAAAUGUCAAAUUUGUUGAAAAGAAAAAGGAAGCAAAGGAUAAGCUCUGUGCUGCAAAAGAUAAGGAGAAAAGCUUGAAGCAGAAAAUGCUUGAUGAUGUUGCCAAAGCGGUCAUAGCGAAUGAGGGUGUUCCUCUUACUACAAUGGAAUAUGAUGCAAUUGUUUCUAAGAUCAAGAAUAAAGCAGCUGAAGCUCAUGCUGAGAUGCUUGAAUGUAAAACAAUGGUUCCCAUAGAUAAAGAAAGGCCGGACUCUGUGAGAACAGAGCCAAUAUUUAGAGACAAUAAAGGACAUCUGUACUGGCGAUUGAAGGGGUGUUCUGACAAAGCUGGUAUUCUUCUUCAAGAUAUAGGAACUGGAGAUCAUGCAGUUGAAGUGGUUGACAAUUGGUUUGAGUUUGAUGAUGAACAGACGGGUUUGAUUGAGAGUCACAUAAAUCUUUUAAGGUCCCGGUUUAGAAAAUGCUAUAAAAAUUAGUGGAUGUGCUCAUGUGUAGAAUGGUCUUCUAUUUUAAUGCUUCUAGGGUCAAUGUUAUGUUAUGCUCUAAGACUUCUAACGGUCAUGGUUUAAGAUUGUUGCCAUCCCUAUUUUAAUGUUGAUGGGGGCAACGCUAUGUUAUAUCACAACGUCUGUUAGUUAUAGCCGAGUAGCUUCUGGUGAGUUUUGCAUUUGAUCCUGGAUGUAAUGCAUUAUAAAUCAGCCUUUUGAAUUUGCAAGCCUUUUGUAAACCACAAUCAUUUUGGAGGUCUUGGUCUAUUGUUCUUACAAGUAA